AUCCAAAAUGCAGCCCCUCACCAUCACAGCGCUGCUCGCCUUCCUAACCACCUUCACUAUCGCCCACCCCUUUCCUCAAGGCUCAGCCUCAACUUGUGUUGCACAAACAACAUGCUGCACCAACUUCGCCACCGGCCGCGAAGCAUAUAGAUUAGCCGAGGAGCUCAAGCUUCCCCUUGAUGCAAGGCAAGGUGAUAUCGGGAUUGGAUGCGGGACGACCUUUGAGCCAAGUAAUAAUUGUGGGAACGGUAGCGAGUUCCCACUCCUGUGCUGCCAGGGCGUUGUGGAUGGUGGAUAUGCGUAUGGUUGUUCGCCUGUACAGUCAGGUGCUUUGGGCGAAUGA